UCUCACAACGAUGCCGACGUUUAGGAAGACCCUCCUUUGAAAAGGCUCAUAAAACCACCUAAUUUUUGGACCACACGAAGUUUUCAUGAUGGAUAUUGGAAAGGAAAUUAGCAAGAAGAUCCGGUCGGCCAUAAAAGCUAAGCUGAUAGAACUUGGAGCCUAUGUUGAUGAUGAAUUGCCAGACUACAUUAUGGUUAUGGUGGCAAACAAGAAAAGUCAGGCUCAAAUGACAGAAGACUUGAGUCUUUUUCUCAGCACAAACACAGAAAAAUUCACAUCAUGGUUAAAUGGACUGUUGGAUAAACUCCAAACAUUGGGAACAGAUAAACAGAAAAGUCAAGAGCUUGAGAAAUCUGAGAGUGAAAGCAUGAGUCAGCAACAUGUUGUAAAGAAAAAGAAAAGUCCUGAAAAGGUGGAAAAGUCUGUACAAGAAAAGAUUGUUACAAAAGACAAAAACACAACAAAAAUGCCAAAACCUUUAGCUGCAAAAACCUUUAAGACAGUCAAGGAUGCUAAAAAGGCCAAGGGUGAAGAAGAAUAUGUACCACUGCUUCUUGAUAAGUCUGAAACUGAUGAAUUUAGUGAGGAGUUUAAGCCGGAGGAGAUCAAGGGUAAUACAAAGACAUCAACACCAUCUAUGCCUGGCACUGGUCAGACAAAGACUCUUUCAACCAAGGUCUCGCCCACCACCAAAAAAAGCCCCCCCUCUACAGCUACUAAUACUGAGGUCAAGCCUAUAGUAAAGUCUUCUGAGGACACAACUUACGUCCGGUCAGUCAUGGUCAAGCCUUCAGUGACUAAGAGGUUAGGGUCAGUACAUAGCAGAAUCGGUCAGGUGCCAAAGGCCAUGGCAGUCCCAGUGAAACAAUUGGCAUCAGAAUCACAAAGACAGGUAUCUCCAGUAAAGAGGAAGCAACCUAUGUCUGUUGUUGGGAACGUCAAGCGAAAGUUCACAGAGUUUGAGGAGGAGGAAGAGUAUGAUCCCUACAAUCCUGCUGUGGGCAGUGUAGCCAGUGUUAUUAGAGUUACAGACAGAAAGUCCAGAGUACCACUGGGUCUGCAGGCCAAUAAAUCCUUACUAGUCAAAGCAGUCAGUGCAGCAGAAAAAUCAGUAUCGUCCAAAAUGCAAGAAAUACUCAAAGAAAGGAAAAUGUACAGUGAGAAAGAGAGUGCUACAGUGCAACCUAUCCAGAGGGGAAAUCGAUCCUGCACUGAGUCAGAGGACAGUUCCCCAAAUACAAGUAACAACUCUGAGCUCCUCGCUGUCAAGUCUAGGACUGGAGCCCAGAAACAUGUGAACAUUGGGGUGGCUGGUCGGUUGGGCAAGGCAGCUGUGGGAGUCAAAGGUAGGGUGGGGGUACGGCCCGUACCACGCCAGGGUGAGGCUCAUAUGGAUAUGAUAACCCCCAUGAAGGUGACCUUAAGCAGUGGGAUAAAGCCUAAAUCAAACCUUCAGCUGGUUUCCCAGGCUCCAAGAGAGAACAGACUGUUCAAAGAUCUGAGAUACACCAUUGCAAAUGACACAGAGAAAAUCAAGAAAAAGCCAGGUAUUAACUUUUUUAAUAUUUUAUAUGGCAGUUUUCAUUAUUCCACAUCUAAGUAA